AUAGAAUGAAUGAGAAGAAAUAACCAACUCCAGCUUUUGUCUUUUAUCUUUUCUGUCCCCUUUUUUAGCUGAUGGCUGUGUAUGAGGAGCAGGAAGCCCAGCAGAGGGGCGUGGCCAACACGAGGCCGGCCCCCAGCCCCGACCUCCACCAAUCGGAGCUCUCUGUCUUCCAGCCGGCCGCAGGGGGGGAGAUCGAAGUCAAUUCCUCGGCCCUCAAGUCCAACACCCCGCUGUUGGUGAGGAGCAGCAGCGACUCGGCCCUCAGCCCCCAGCCGAAAGAGGCCGGACCCCCCCUCGGCGAGGAGGCCCCCGGGGCGGCCGCCGUUCCUGCUGGGGAGAGGCAGGCGGGGGCUGACCGACCCCAAGGCCAACACACCUCCAACGGCAGCCUGACUAGAACAGUGGAGAUCCUGGGAGACGACAGUCCAUUAGGAAUCCAUGUGGUUCCAUACAGCUCCUCACUCAGUGGCCGGUCGCUCGGCCUGUACGUCCGCGGCGUGGAGGAGGAGAGCCGCUCGCAGAAGGAGGGCUUGUUUCGAGAGGACGAGUGCAUCGUCAUGAUCAACCACACCGACCUGAUGGACAAGACGUUCAGCCA